AUGAAGGCAAUCGAUGUAAAAGACGGCGCAGGCCCUGCCGAAGCUUUAUUCAUCAACGAUUCCGUCCCUAAACCGACAGCACCUGAAGGUUGGUGCAUCGUCAAGGUCAAGGCCUUUGGCAUCAACCGUAUGGACAUUGGUCAGCGCGAGGGCAAAUAUCCACUGCGUCCCGACAUCCCCAAGACUCUCGGCGUCGAGUUCUCUGGUAUUGUUGAAUCAUUCGGAAGCGAUGGCCAAACUAAUGGUUUCACGAUUGGAGAUGAAGUGUUCGGCCUCGCUUAUGGCGGUGCAUACGCCGAGUUUAUUGCCGCCAGCACGCGCAUGAUUAUUCACAAGCCGGAAACCUUGUCAUGGGUACAGGCAGCAGCCAUUCCAGAAGCAUGGAUUACUGCAUGGCAGGCGCUAAGCAUCGGAGAGAUGGCCGCUGGCAAGCGUGUGCUGUGGCACGCUGGUGCAUCGAGCGUUUCUAUUGCAGGCAUCCAGCUGAGUCGAGCCUUGGGAGCAAGUUUGGUGCUGGCUACGACAGGGAAUGACGACAAGUGCCAAUUUCUCAAACAAGACCUUGGCGUGGAUGCCGCGUUCAACUACAGAGCUGAAGGUGUGGACUGGGCUGACGAGGUACUAAAAGCAACGGGAGGUCAAGGCGUAGACAUCAUUCUCGACUUUGUCGGGGCGCCAUACUUCGCGCAAAACUUGAAGGUCGGGGCAAUGGACUCCCGUUUUGUCAUGGUCGGCGCUUUGGGAGGAUGGAAGCUCGAGGAGCUGGACUAUGGCCCCUGGCUCUUCAAAAGGAUGAGGAUCGAGGCGACGUCGCUGCGCAGCCGGAGUGAAGACUAUCAAGCCGGUCUCAUAGAUGCUCUGAAAGAAAAUAUUUCUGGCUUCGAAUCUGGGAAUUUGAGAGUGCUGAUUGAAAAGGCAUUUGCGUGGGAAGAAGUGCAGAAGGCGCACCGUUUGAUGGAGAAAAAUAUCUCAAAAGGAAGUUUAAUGUACGAUGAGAUCGAUCUAUGCUAG